CCUGUGCUUGCUUUCUGAUGCUAGAAAGAAUGGAAAUGGUGGUUGAAGGCGAAGCAGGGAUGAGAGCCGCAGUAGUAGUAUACUAUCUCUCCCGAAAUGGCCAGCUGGAGCAUCCACAUCUCAUGGAGGUUCCAUUCUCUUCUUCUACACUCUUGUCUCUCAAAGAUGUGCUAAACAGAUUGACUUAUCUUCGUGGAGAAGGAAUGCGCAACAUGUAUUCUUGGUCCUCAAAAAGGAGUUACAGAAACGGAUUUGUGUGGCAAGAUUUGACAGAGAACGAUUUCAUUUACCCGACUAACGGUCACGAUGAGUAUGUUCUCAAAGGAACGCUACUCAUUCAACCUUCUCACACUCUCACCUCCUUUGACGACACGUUAAGCUCCGAUGCCGAUCAUGCAGACUCGUCGUCUUCAUCCACCACCGCCGUCAAGGUUUACACGGCAAACGCAUGCACCAAUGCUGCUAACGCUUCCACUCAGACCGACAACAAGAACCAACUUGAUACGGUGAGUGAUAAUAAUGACGGAAUUUCAAUUUCAACUUCUUGUUCUGGAUCUGGAUCUGGUGAUAUAAGAAACCAGAAGAUGGAGAUUGAUCGGCCUAGUGGGAGGAUCAAGGCUUCUGCUUCUGCACUUGUCAUGCAUUUCAUCAGGUGUCGAUCUUCUUCAAUGGAUUAUGCCAAUUAAGGCCCAAAUCACAGACCUUCUCAAGGCCCAACUCAUACUCUUAUGUUAAGCCCAAUUACGAAUGUAACGUAACCGUCUGUGAUGUGAUGCCCUCUAAAGUGUGUUUAUUCAAUUAUUACAUCACCAAAGCCAAAACCUUAUAUUAUACAACGCCACCUUCACAUUCA